GUGCCCGCGUUAUGCUGAUGAAGGCUCCACACUAACGUUGGCAGAGACAUGAGUAACAACACGGGCCAACACACGGCGAUCUUUGUGGUUCUGUUUGCUCUGGUCAUGCUACUGAUCAUCUACAGCUCUAACAGUGGGAAUGAAGUCUUUCACUACACAUCGCUGCGGAGCAAAUCCCAUCGUCCACCUAACCUCAAGAAAUGGGGGCUGAGGAACGGAUACCUCCCUGUAUAUGGAAACAAGACUCUGAAUUCCCACUGCCACCAGUGUGUGAUCAUCACCAGCUCCAGCCACCUGCUGGGGAGCAAGCUAGGCUCAGAGAUCAACCAGGUAGAGUGCAUCAUCCGCAUGAACGAUGCCCCCACCACCGGCUAUGAGGCAGACGUGGGCAACAAGACCAGUUUCCGCGUGGUGGCUCACUCCAGCAUCUACCAGGUGCUGAAGAAGCCACAGGAGUUUGUCAACAAGACCCCGGAAACCAUCUUCAUCUUCUGGGGGCCACCCAGCAAGAUGCAGAGGAGCCUGCUCAGGAUCAUCCAGCGUGUCAGCAUGUCCUUCCCCAACAUGUCAGCCUACGUUGUGUCCCCUGGUCGUAUGAAGCAGUUUGAUGACUUGUUCAGGGGAGAGACUGGGAAAGACAGGGAGAAGUCCCGGUCAUGGCUGAGCACAGGCUGGUUUACCAUGGUCAUUGCUGUGGAGCUGUGUGACAAGGUGCAUGUCUAUGGCAUGGUCCCUCCUAACUACUGCAGCAAGAGGUCUCAGCCCCACAAGAUGCCAUAUCACUACUACGAGCCCAAGGGCCCGGAUGAGUGUACAAUCUACAUCCACAACGAGCGCAGCCGCAAGGGCAACCACCACCGCUUCAUCACGGAGAAACGGGUCUUUGCCAGCUGGGCAAGCCUCUAUAACAUCACCUUCUCCCACCCAUCCUGGCCCUAGGGGCUUCACCAGGGAACACAGAGUCAGCCAAGUGCCAAAUGUGACUGAUGUCAAGAGUGGGAUAUCUCUGACUCAAAGGGAGAACGUCUGUGGUACAAACCCUCUGAGCCAGGGGCUCAGAGGUAAGAGAGGCCACACACUGACUGCAGACUGCUGCUAUCAGGAUUCUCCGUCCAGCAGCUGUAUGGGCAGGAAGGACUGGGUUUGACAGGGAACAGGCUGGGACAGUGCCUGUGACUGAACACACAGGCUGGGCCCUGGGAGCACAGCCACACGCUGGGCUUGGUUCGUGUUACACCCCCCUAAGACACAGUCACACACAUCACAGGAUCUGUGCUUCGGGGUGACGGCACCACUUCUGUGACAAGAUGCCUCCCCCAUGCUCAUUAUCAACCCUGAGGCUGCCCUUGUCUUAGCUCUCUGCGUGGGGUUUUUUUCUCAGCCCUCCUGGAGGGAUAUUUGAGGCUGGAGUUGGGAGGAGUUUCCUCCUUUCAGCUCUGCUAGGCUGUCAGUCAGAUGCACAUCUGGGAGGUUGCAUGUACCACAGAGCAUAAACCUAAAGGCAAGGGCCCUGCCCCUGCAGCCUCUGCAUCCCUGAGGUUGCCAGCAAGGCCUGCAAACAGCAUCCACCAAGGCUUAAAGAGAAGAGGAUCAGAGUGUCAGGGAAAAGAGCCCCAGAGAUUCUUGGGAAGUGUGAGAAACACCCAGACAAGCUCUGUGAGCCCUGGGCAGUGAUGGAGCUGGCUCUCCCCUCAGGUGCUUUGCCUGGCUGGCCACUACAGAGGUUGGCUCAGCUUCUGGGUGGCUGCUCAGAGCAGGGUAUACUCUGUGUUGAUCGGGGUGUUGUCUUGCACUGUGCAUGUGUACGUGUGUCACAGAUACUGUGAGGCAUUUUUUUUGUGUGAGACAAUCUCAAAGGGGUACCGUGGCUUAGAGGGCCUUGCUAGUCCCCAUGGGUGUACACAGGCUUCACAACUAGACUCUGCUUUGGCAUCACUGGUUUCCUGGGAUUCUGGGCCAUGUGCCGUCUCCUUCCUCAGGCUGGCAGGCUCAUGCGGCGCUCCUCAGCCUGCUUGUGAAAUGGAGAUUUGGCAGCAGGCGGGUGGACUUGCUGCUCUGCAGCCUAAACUGGAGUUGUGGUCUCUGCUUGCUCUUAAGACAGUUCCCCUCACCCAGUGCUCUGUUCACAGGAGCUGUGAUGCCUUGAAGAAGUGACUGAUGGGCUGAUGCUGGCUCCUAACUACCCCUGGGGCAACCAGUUGGACUGAGAUGCCCAUGGCUGUCUGGUCUAUUUUUGUAUUCACGAGGGUUUCUGUGCCUGUUGUAAAGCUGCCUGAAUGCUCCGGGAGCUGGUGCUGAAGUAGGGGGGCAGUGCCACCUACAGCUGAAGUGCAGCUGUCUAGAAGCAGGGCAGGGACAUGUGGUGCGAGUGGAACGAUGCUCCACUUUUCCCUUUCAUAACUGAUUACAGGGAAAGAUAAGUCAGCUGCGGAUGGGCCCUGACCCCAACAGCUCCCCCCUCCCCUCAGGGUUUGGGUAUUCAGGAUCCAGCUCUGAAUUUCAGGCCCCUUUCUCACAGUUUUGAAAGUGCUGGUUGGCCACAGCCGUGCAACUGGGAGUGGAGUGGCCUGGGGGCUGGAUCAUCAGCUGCGGGGGACUGAACAUGCCCAGGGCUGGGAGCCAGGAGCUUGGAGGGCGGUUGUCUGGGGCACACAGCAUGCUCCAUGUAUUGCUGCCCCAUCUGUAUGCUGCAGAGAAUGAAAGGGAGGGUAUGAGGCCCCUUCAUUAUGGGGAUGUUGAAAUAGCAAGUGCUGGCCUCUUUGGGCAGAGAGCAGCUGCUGCUGCCCUGCCUAGCACAGCAAGGGGCAAACGGAGAUGUCCCUCAGCACUGGGGUGGGGUGUGCUGCACAUGACCCAGCACUGUUCCCAGUGGAGAGCAGGACUUGCUCCCUGGCAGGCACAGUAAGGUUACUAUCCUGUUACUUGCCCAGGCUCGGUGUGGGGGGGUGGUGCCCACUGCGGCCCCAGUUGUUCAUUUUAAUUGUUGUGUGGCUUCUCCCAUGUUGUCUCUUGGGCAGCCCUCUGGUCACGGUCCCUUGCAGCUGCUUGUGGGGUCCCUGGUCCUUUGAAUCCCCACCUGCCAGGGAGACCUGUCUCUGCAGCCUGAGUGAGGGGCUGUGGGAUGCACUGGAAAUGGAAACCACGCUGCCAGCUCCUCAACCUGUGAAGAGCAGUGCCCCUCUCCUGGCUGCCUCCAUUCUCUGCCACUGCACCUGUUUGGCCUGAACUCCAUAGAUCAUGACACUGAGACUUGACAGGAAACACCCAGGCAAUGGGCUUCUUUGAUCAUGAUUGCAUGGAAUGGGAGAUUUGCUCGGGGCUUGCUGAACUGGACUUGGGACCCAGAAGUGACUGUUCCCAAGGCAGGCAUGUCUGGGGUCUGAUUCUGCAUUGUGCGGCCCUGUGUGUUGUCUUUGACCCCACUCUAAACAGGCGAGGGGGGGGUGACAACAACCACCCAAGGGGCAGCACAACAGCAUGAAUUGAGCCCCUGGUGCAGCCUCCCAUAGGAACAUAAGAAUUGCCAUUUACUGGCUCAGACCAUAGGUCCAUCUUGCCCAAUAUCCUGCGUUGCACAGUGGCAGAGAGAGUGCUGAAAGGAUGAGUGAACUGGGCAUGACCAGGGUUUUUCCUGCUGUUCCUUUCUCACUUGCAGCCUUCAGCAUUUAGGGUCCAGGAAGUUUUGAUUCAGAUGCUCUAUCCCUAACCCUGGUGCUCAAUAGCUACUGAUGCCCCUUUCCUCCAAGGAAGUGUCUACUCCAUUUUUGAAUCUGGCUAAACUGUCAGCUUCCACAACAUCAGGUGGCAAUGAGUUUCACGCUUUAAUUACACACUGUG